CACUGUUUACAGUUAGGUCAUUAGAUAGCCAUUCAAAUAAUUAUCAUUAGGUUAUUUGUUCUAAUAUUAGGCAGUACCUAUCGGUUCUAGUUGCCAUAUGAAGAGGAUAAAAUGGAUCACACAGCAAAAGCGACCUUAAUACUGACGCUACUGGUCGCUACAGGCCCUCCAGUAUACAGCGACUGCGACAUCCACGAGAUCGGCGAUGACACGCCCUGCGGCGGUCACCUCGUCUGCCACCGCGACCUCAGCGAUGCGAUCAGCCUCAUAGUCCAAAUGCCCUGCGUGUACUUAUACAACGAUUAUUCAGAAGAACAUAUAUUACAUCAGAACUUCAGUAUCUCCGUAGAGGCAACAGAUUUCGACUUCAGCACCAAUGACUCAUCAGUCAUAAACGAGCUAAAGGACCAUAUUAACGCCAUCUCGAUAACGGACGGUAGAAUCAAGAAGUUUCCAGAAACUGUUUUAAAUCUGCGACAAGCUACGAUAGUUGAUCUCUCAAGCAACAAUAUUGACUCUCUAAAUCUAGCGGCAUUCGCAAGACCGACUAUGAUAAACGUGCUUAAUAUGUCCUAUAAUAAUAUAGAACGUUUAGACGCCCAGAUAGGCUGGCCUAGCUACUGGCAGUUACCGGUAACUACUAUCGAUUUUAGCCAUAAUAAUAUCCAGGGUGUGCUACAGAACAACAUCGCACCAUAUGUUACAUUAAGACAUUUGAAUUUAUCUUACAAUUACAUAGAAUCGUUUAAUCAAGACACGUUCAGUAAUCUGACAGGAUUGUUAACGUUAGACAUUUCGAACAACAAGAUUAUAAAGCUUGACUCUUCUGUUGCUGGUCUAGUAAGUUUACAAGAAUUAUAUUCGGCCGCAUGCAGAGCCAUGCGUGUGCGCAACUCUUUGUCUCAGAACAAAGCAGCGACGCUGUGA